AUGGAGCUUCUCCACUCCGACGAAACCGUAUCGGAAGAUGCCGAUAUUCCUGAAGACAACAACACCCCGAACGAUUCCCCGGACCCCACCGCCGGGAUCGAAGACGGCGCGACUCUCGAUGUAUCGGGAAAGAACUUGGAGUUUCCGGUGCCGGAGAAUUCUAAAGACGACGCCGUGGAGAGUUUAUACAUGUACAAGAACGUUUACAGUUUGAUUCCGAAGUCGGUGGGUGGUCUCGUAAGGUUGAAAACGCUGAAAUUCUUUGGGAAUGAGAUUAACUUGUUCGCGCCGGAGUUCGGUAAUAUGACGAGGUUGGAGCGGUUGCAGAUGAAAGUGUCUUCGCCUGGAAUUGGUGGGUUGCCGUUGCAUAAAUUGAAGGGUUUGAAAGAGCUUGAGCUUUCCAAAGGUCCUUCAAGACCUUCUGCGUUUCCCAUAUUGACUGAGAUUGCUGCUCUCAAGUGUUUGACCAAACUUUGCAUUUGUCACUUCUCUAUAAGAUACCUUCCUCCGGAAAUUGAGUGCUUAAAGAAAUUGGAGUAUCUUGAUCUUUCAUUCAAUAAAUUGAAGACAUUGCCCUCAGAGAUUAGUUCUUUGGAAGUAUUAAUAACCAUGAAAGUUGCUAAUAAUAAGUUGGUGGAAUUACCGCCUGCUAUGAAAUCACUAUCAAGGCUGGAGAAUCUGGACCUGUCAAAUAAUAGGUUGACUUCGUUAGGAUCGCUUGAACUUAGCUCAAUGAAUAGACUUCAGAACUUAAAUCUUCAGUACAACAAGCUGUCCAGCAUUUUUCAAAUUCCUUCAUGGAUAUGCUGUAAUAUGGAAGGAAAUGAUGGAGAUAGAUGCAAAGACAAUUAUAUCAGCUCUUCUGUUGAAAUGGAUGUCUAUGAGAGCAAUUUACAGGAAAAUGAGGAAACAUUUUCUCAUGGACCUCAUAACACCUCAUCUAGCGUAUUAACAAACUCCUCAUCUAACAGUAGAUGUUUUUCAGCCUGGAAGUCGGGUAAACGGUGGAAGCGGCGGCACUAUAAACAGCAGAAAGCUCGUCAAGAACAGAAAGCUCGUCAAGAGCGGUUGAAUAACAGCAGGAAAUGGAAAGGUGUAGAUCAUGACCAGUUGUUAAGCAAGAAGAUCCACAGAAUUUCUGAACCUGAAAAUCUGGAUACUCUUGUCUCUGAAAAUUGCACAGAAACUGUACCAGACAAUGGGAGCUUGGAUGGCAAUCAUAAAAAAAUAUUCCCCGAAGAAGCAGUGCAUGAAAAUUUAAUUGAUAAUGUCGACAACGAUGAGGAAAUUAUUGAAAAACAGUUUUCUCAAGAAGAUUGCAGCACCGCUGAAGGUAAAGAUGAAAUAGAUGCAUCCUCAUGCUCCUUAGACAAUAGCCGAAGUGAACAGGAUGGAGCAUCUUGUUCAGUUUUUUUGAAGUGUAGUUUUAAGUCAAAGAGGCAUUCAGAUCGGGAUCUUGACAAUCCUAAACCCUGCAAGUCUAGAAAACCGAUUAGCGAUGGCUUAUUAUUGUCUUCCAAAUACAGUAAAAUUUCAUUUUGUGGUACCGAGGACCAUCUAUCAGAUGGCUUUUAUGACGCGGGACGUGAUCGACCGUUUAUGCCUCUUGAGAGUUAUGAGCAAAAUCAGUGUCUUACUUCUCGUGAAGUCAUUCUGUUAGACAGACAUAGGGAUGAACAAUUGGAUGCCAUUAUUCUAUCAGCUCAGGCAUUGGUAUCUAAUUUAAAGCAGUUAAAUGGUUUAAACAAACCUGGGAGCCAGGGUGAAGUUGAUAACUUGCAGACAGCAUCACUGCUUGCACUCUUUGUAUCCGAUCAUUUUGGUGGAAGUGAUAGAGGUGGUAUUAUAGAAAGGGCACGCAAAUCUGUUUCUGGCUCAAACUAUAAUAAGCCUUUUGUCUGUACAUGUUCAGCAGGAAGCAGCACGAGUAUAAAUGCUUCAACUGAACCAGUUGUGAAUGCCAUAGGAAAUAUUAAUCUUUCUAGGAUCUCUGAAAAAUCUCUUGAUUCUGUUAAAAAAAGGCGAAAUUCAAUCAUUGUUCCGAUUGGCUCUGUUCAGUAUGGUGUUUGUAGGCAUAGAGCUCUGCUUUUUAAGUAUUUAUGUGAUCACAUGGAGCCACCUGUACCUUGUGAGCUUGUUAGGGGUUACCUGGAUUUUUCACCUCAUGCUUGGAAUAUCAUUUUGAUAAAAAGGGGCGUUACAUGGGUUCGAAUGCUUGUUGAUGCCUGCCGACCUCAUGAUAUUAGAGAAGAGAAAGAUCCAGAAUAUUUCUGCAGGUACAUACCUCUUCGUCGAACCCAGAUUCCUCUUUCGACUAGCAUUCUUCCUAGUCCUGAUUAUUCCUUUCCAUCUCUGUCUAAUUGUGAUGAACUUGAGAAAAAAGCUUUAACUACAUUAGUUCGGUGCAAAUAUGGAUCAGUUGAGGCUGCAGUGAAGGUGCGUACUUUGGAGGUACAGGAAAGUUCAGCAGACAAAAUAAAAAACUUUGAAUAUAAUUCUUUGGGAGAAAUCAGAAUUCUCGGUGCUUUCAAACAUCCCUGUAUAGUGGAAAUAUAUGGACACCAAAUAUCAUGUAAAUGGACCAUCUCAGCUGAUGGUAAUCCCGAGCAUCGUGUGUUGAGAUCUGCAAUUUAUAUGGAAUAUGUGGAAGGAGGCUCCUUAAAAACCUAUCUUGAAGAGUUGUCAAAAGCUGGUCAAAAGCAUGUACCUGUGGAGUUAGCCUUGUAUAUUGCCAAAGAUGUAUCAUGCGCUUUGUCAGAGCUGCAUUCAAAGCACAUAAUUCACCGUGACAUAAAAAGCGAAAACAUUUUGUUUGAUUGUGAUAGGAAGAGAGAUGAUGGAACUCCCACCGUGAAGCUAUGUGAUUUUGAUAGUGCAGUGCCAUUAAGAUCACCUUUACAUGCAUGCUGUAUUGCACAUGUAGGAACACCUCCUCCUUGUGUGUGUGUUGGAACACCUCGAUGGAUGGCUCCAGAGGUCAUGCGGACUAUGUAUGAAAAAAGCACUUACGGAUUGGAAGCUGAUAUUUGGUCAUUUGGAUGUUUACUUCUGGAGAUGCUGACUUUGCAAAUUCCAUAUUUUGGAGUACCUGAUUCACACGUCCAUGAUAGUCUGCAGAUGGGUAAACGACCACAACUAACUGAUGAGCUGGAGGCGUUGAGCUCAAUUAAUGAACCCACGAUGAUUCAAUCUGGUGAAGAGCUGGAAAAAUCAGAUGCUGAGACAGACACAUUGGAGUUCCUUGUUGAUUUGUUUCACAGGUGUGUCGAAGAAAAUCCAAAUGAUCGACCUACUGCCGAAGAAAUCCAUGAAAUGCUGCUUGGACACGCAAAGCACAUACAAGUUCAAACCGUUAGGGAGAUUUAA